AUGACUCUUCUAGUGGCUGAUAAUUUAGCUCUCCAUUCAAUGCUUGGUUUUGCUGAAGGGUUUACUGCAAAUUUUCCAUGUCGUAUAUGCCAUGCUCAUAGAUCUUUAAUUCAUAUUCAAACAGAGGAAGAUUCAAGUUUACUCAGGAAUAAAUUACAGCACGAUAUAGAUUGCAAAAUUGGUAACGUAUCUUUAACUGGAGUCAGUGGAGAGUUUGUCCUAAACGAGGUAGAGACUUUUGAAGUAACUGACAAUCCAAGUGUUGACAUUAUGCAUGACAUUUUUGAGGGUACUUGUAUUUACGAUAUGGGUCACAUUCUCUAUCAAUUAAUUUUUGUAAAGAAAUAUUUUACUGUUGAAACACUUAACUUCCGACUCAUUACAUUUAAUUAUGAUAAAACUAUCACUAAUAAGCCUACUGAGUUUAAAGAAAAGGCUCUUCGCACUAAAUCAGUGAAAAUGACUGCCAGUGAGAUGCGCACUUUUGUUCGUAUCUUUGUUUUACUUGUAGGUGACCUUGUUCCUGAUAACGAUCCCAUAUGGAAGUUUUACUUAAUUCUCCUUGAUAUUAUUGAAAUUGUUUUGUGUAGACAAAUGCAGAAAGAGAUGAUUAAGAUAUUGAAGGAGAGAAUUAGUGAACAUCAUCGUUUGUAUGUUAUUCUUUUCCAAGAUACAUUGAAACCUAAACACCUUCAUAUGGUUCAUUAUCCAUCAAUUUUGUCUCGGUCUGGUGCUCUUGUUAAUUUAGCAUGUGAUCGGUUUGAAGCCAAUCAUCAGCCAGCUGUGCAAGACGCUAAAGCUACUCGUUCUAGGAAAAAUAUUGCUUUCACUUUAGCUUUAAAACAGCAACUUCGGUGUGCUUACCGAUUCAUGACUCGAAAGGGACUUCAUACUUUAUUAGAAGUAGGACCUGAAGAAAAGCCAGAUUAUUAUAAUUCGUUAUUACUUCCAAUAAGUUUUUCUAAUGGCUUUAUGCAACAUGCUUUUGUCAUCUUUAAAGGAACUUUAUAUAAAAAGGGAAUGUGCGUUGCAAUUGGAGUGGAUGAUGAUAAUGGGCCUGAAUUUGGUAUUAUUUCCUCCGUAUUAGUAAAUCAUAAUGGCACUGUCUGCCUCAUGUGCAAUGUCCUUUCAUGUACAAUGUACAGUGAACAUUUUCAUGCUUAUAAUGUUACUAAAACUGCGAAAAUAAUAUCAAUUCUAGUUACUGAUCUUUUAGAUUAUUUGCCUUUGUUGUUUUGUAAAAGCAAUGAUGGAAAGCAAUAUGUUACAUUGCAUCAUUUACUUUAA